UUGCAUUCGCGCAUGCGUAGCGUAGACACGGAAGCUAAGUCGAAACAACGCGGGCCCGACGUAGUUUUGUUUUCUGUCUAUCGGUUCGUGUCCAUUUCGGCGUAAUUUUUCUUUUCACUUGAGGUGUAGCUAUCGUAUACUGAAGAUGGAGAGCAUUUUAGAGCAACAGCGUCGUUACCACGAAGAACGGGAAAGGCUAAUGGACGCUAAAACAAAAGAAAUGCUACACAAGAAAUCUACAUUACGGGACCAGAUUAAUUCUGACCACAGGACGAGGGCCAUGAUGGACAGGUAUAUGGAUGUGUGCGCAAGUCUCAGAGAUUCAUAUGAAGACAAAGAUGGCAUGAGGAAGGAUGAACUGGCAGCUAUUUCAGGUCCGAAUGAGGUUAUCGAGUUCUACAACCGACUGAAACAGAUCAAGGAAUUCCACAGGAAGCAUCCAAAUGAGAUCUCCAUCCCCAUGUCUGCAGAGUUCGAAGAACUACUGAAAGCAAGAGAUAAUCUAAGUGAAGAAGCUCAGAAUCUGGUGGAGUUCACAGAUGAGGAAGGGUAUGGCCGCUACCUGGAUCUCCAUGAUUGCUACCUGAAGUUCAUUAACCUUAAGGGAGCAGAGAAGCUGGAGUACAUCACCUACUUGUCCUCCUUUGACCAGCUCUUCGACAUCCCAAAGGACAGGAAGAACUCUGAGUAUAAGAGGUAUUUGGAGAUGCUACUGGAGUAUUUGCAGGACUACACUGACAGGGUCAAGCCUCUGCUGGACCACAACGAGCUCUAUGGCAGAGUGCUGGCUGAUUUUGAGAAAAAGUGGGAGAGUGGCACAUUUCCUGGCUGGCCUAAAGAAGCAAGCAGUGCUUUGACUCAUGCUGGAGCUCAUCUGGACCUGUCUGCCUUUUCAUCUUGGGAGGAAUUGGCGUCGCUGGGUCUGGACAGACUGAAGUCUGCUCUCAUGGCACUGGGAUUGAAAUGUGGAGGAACUUUGGAAGAGAGAGCCCAGAGGCUCUUCAGCACAAAGGGAAAAUCUUUGGAGUCCCUUGAUCCAUCUCUUUUUGCUAAGAACCCCAAAGCCAAAGGCCCCAAAAAAGACACAGAGAGGAACAAGGAAAUUGGCUUCCUGGAAGCUCAAAUCUAUGAAUAUGUGGAAGUUCUUGGGGAGCAGAGGCAGCUGACUCACGAGAACGUUCAGAGGAAGCAGGCCAGGACCGGAGAGGAGCGCGAAGAAGAGGAGGAGGAACAGAUAAGUGAGAGUGAGAGUGAAGAUGAGGACAACGAGAUCAUCUACAACCCCAAGAAUUUGCCACUAGGCUGGGAUGGAAAGCCAAUCCCAUACUGGCUCUACAAACUCCACGGACUUAACAUCAACUAUAACUGUGAGAUCUGUGGGAACUACACCUACAGAGGCCCCAAAGCUUUCCAGAGACACUUUGCAGAAUGGAGACAUGCUCACGGAAUGCGCUGCCUGGGAAUCCCAAACACGGCUCACUUUGCUAAUGUAACCCAGAUCGAAGAUGCAGUCUCUCUUUGGGCUAAGCUGAAGUCACAGAAGGCGUCUGAACGAUGGCAACCCGACACUGAGGAGGAGUACGAGGACUCUGUUGGCAAUGUCGUCAACAAGAAGACCUACGAGGAUCUGAAAAGACAAGGAUUACUGUAGACUGUUUUUUAUUAUGUAAAAUAAACUCUCAUUCCACCAACAGAUGUGACGUCUUAAAAAUGUGUGCACCAACGCUUGACAAAUUCAUUUAUAAUCCACUGUUAUAGGUAGCAAGAGCCAUGGGUUAUUUGUGCCUGUCCCAGUUUAAGAUGGCCAAAAUGUAUUGACAUUUUUUUUAACUGGUACAGAUCCUAUUUGUAAAGGCAUUUCGGCAAAAACCAGUCUCAGAAGAAAGUCUUGAUCAUCAGAUACUGUCCCCGGUGUUGCUCGAAAGCAUUCUAUUGGUGCUGUAUGUUGGUCUGUGGUUUUUGUUUUUAUGCUUUUAUGCUUGGAAGAGUUGUCCAGUUGCACUGGGACCUAUGUGACUUUGGCAACUGAUCUACAACAGCCACUUGUCCUUUUCCUUAUUAAAGUUCUCUGCCCACUGGCGGGUCAAUUUCAA